AUGAAGUUCACUGGAAUCGUCUCUACCCUCGCCAUCGCCGGCGCUGCCUCCGCUGCCCUCAUCCCUAACCUCCAGGUCGUCAAGAUCCAGUCCACCAUCACCCGCCUGGAUAGUGUUCUCGGAACCGUUGAGGGUCUCGUUGGCACCACGACCAACACCGUCUCUCAGGCUGCCCUUACCAGCGUCAAAUCUGAUCUCUCUGGUAUCCACAACAAGCUCGAGAACCUCGUUGGCGGUCUCGUCACUGGCGUUGUCUCCAACGGAGUUGUCCAGGAGGUUACUUCCAUCGCUGAGGAAACCGCCUCCUCCGUUGUCAGCACUCUCGGUGGUGUUACUGAGGUGAGCAGCCUGACUAGCCUUGCUGAGUCCCUCGUCAGCCGCGUCCAGAGCGGUGCUGUCGAUGCCACCGGUUUGGAGAGCGUUCUUAGCGUCCUUGGCCAGACCUCUGGCCUCCAGGUCCUCAACGGUGUCCUCUCCCAGGCGUAA